AUGGAGGGCAUGGCGCCCCCGGACGUCGAGGGCAUGAUCUUCCAGGACGGGGCCUACUUCGUGCCCGUCGAGGGCGGCUACGCGCGGCUGCCGUCGCCCCUGGACCAGCUCGUGACGCCGACGACGCCGGACCUCGAGAGCAGCGUCGCGGGCCUCGGGGCGAAGACGCAGGAAUUCCUCGCCGCCGGCGACAAGGAGCGCGCCCGGGAGUCGCUGCGCACGGCGCGGCGCCUCGUCCACGGCAACGAGGCCAUCUCGGAGCGCGCGCGCGGGCAACUGACGGCGGCGAUCGACAACAGCCAGGCGGUCUACGCGAUGGCCUGCGGCCACCCGCACACGGCGCUGCGCUACCUCGAGCGGGCCCUGGCGUUGAACCUGCACGACGGCAACGACGGCUCCCUCGCGACGACGUGCAUGAAUCUGACCGCG